AUGCCUCAGCGAGAUUCGACCGUGGCAAAAGGCACCAAGUACUGGCGUCGUUUCUCUGGCCGAAGACUUCUGAACCUCAUCAUCGCCGUUUCUGCAAUCGCAAUCUCAUAUGAGGGUAUGAGCCAAGGCGUCAUGGGUGCUGUGGUUGUGGCUCCCGAGUUCGCUCAUCGCAUGCGAUUUGCUACUGCUGAUGGAGUGGUCACACGUCCUACACUGCAGGGCGGAAUCGUCUCAAUUUAUUACGCUGGUUCUCUCUUCGGAGGAUUCUUCGCUGGUGGCUUCUCUGACAAGUACGGACGAAUCAAGGGCAUGCAGAUGGCAUGCUUCUGGUGCUUGGCAGGUGUUGUACUACAAGUUACUGCGAUCGACCUGCCCAUGCUGCUCGUAGCCCGAGUUGUUGCCGGCAUUGGCGUAGCAUUCAUCCUGGCUAUUGCUCCGUCGUGGACCGCAGAACUGUCCUCAGCUUCACACAGAGGACAUGUCAUUGCUCUGACGUUCCUUGCAAACUUCUCAGGCAUUGCAUUGGCUUCCUGGAUCGGAUUUGGUACAUCCUUCUCCAACGCCGCCAAUGGUCAAUUUCGGUGGCGCUUCACCUUCGCCACGCAGCUCAUACCCGUCUUCUUACUCAUCAUUGGUACAUUACUCAUCCCAGAAUCUCCACGAUGGCUUAUGAAGGAGCGUCGAGAAGACGAAGCUAUGGAGAUCGUUGCCAAGUUGAGAGGAGAUGGUGAUCCGGAGCACCCAGACGCCCAGAGAGAGUUCAGGGAGAUGCAAGCCGUGGUAGAGAUGGAAAGAGAACACGAGAGCACAAACUAUAUCAAAAUGUUCUUCGGAAUCGGGUCUGGAGACGUUCAUCUGGGCCGCCGCAUCCAGCUUGCCUUCUGGCUCCAAGUCCUCAUGCAAUACGGUACGGGCAUAGCCGCUGUUGUUGUUUAUUCUGGCACCAUCUUUCGCAACGCUGGCUUCGACGAUCUGAAGUCGAACUGGCUUUCGGCAUUGAACAAUAUGGUCGGCAUUCUGGGAACAGGCGUCGCAGCGUUAACUCUAGAUCGCGUCGGCCGUCGACGAACACUCUACUGGGGAGCCGUCGUCCUCAGUAUCAUUCUGUUCAUCAUCGGCGGUCUCAAUCGCGGUGCCAUCCAGCACCCAGAGCAGAAGGAACAGUACAGCACUGCCGCAGCCUCAUUUGUAUUCAUCUACGUCCUCAUCUUCAGCUCUUCAUGGCUGCUUAUUCCAUUUAUCUACCCAACGGAGAUCUUUCCCACCUGGGUCCGAGCCAAAGGUAAUGCAUUUGGUGUUGCCGGAUGGGCUGUAGGGUACGGAGGUGGCUCGUUACUCGUGCCAAUCAUGUUUGCCGGUAUCCAAGAGAAAACAUACUACGUUUUUGGCGCGGCUAUGCUGUGCUACAUUCCUCUUGUGUAUUGCUUCCUGCCGGAGACCUGUGGUCGAACAUUGGAAGCUAUGGACUUCUUGUUUGCAAGCAAGAGUCCUUUUACAUGGGACGAGGAAAGAGAGUUCAGCAUUCGCAUGGACGUGCUACAUUCACAGCUUGCGACAGAAGAGAAGGUCUACACUACCUAUAUUGAAAAGGGCGAUCCUCUAUAG